UGCAGGUGCUAGUGCAUUUGCCACAGCCACUAUCAGAUAAGUUGCAACCUUUUGUGUGCAAAAACCAAAAACAUAUAUUUGUUGAAACAUGCUGUGCGUGUAAUAUACGCACGCUGUGUGCACGUGUGUGUGUGUCGUGCAGCGGGCAGAGCACCAAAGAGUUGCAAUAGCAGCAUUGCCGCUUCUUGUUCUCUUUGCCGUCAUCGUGAAGGGCAAGGCCAAUCCGAAACUAAACAAACUGCAUUAAAAGUAAGCGCAGCGAAAAGCCUCACCAUGACGCCAUUCGAUGAUUUUGUGUACUUGAUUAAUCACGUUCUGCUGGGCGAGGAACCGACAAUUGAGGACUUUAUAUUGUUGGUGGGCACACUGGUGGCUUUCAUAGCGUUCAUACUGUGGUGUUGUUUUCCCAUACAGCCAAAGGAAACAGGACAACAUCGCCAAUUUUCGUGCAAAAUCAUACAAAAUCACAUCAAGGCGUUUGAUGCGGCCACUAAUACCGAAGGCAAUGGCACUGCCGGCCUCAACGGUAAUGCUGGCAACAGCGGCAUCGGCGGAAUGGGUAUGGGCAUGAGCAUGGGGAUGGGCAUGGCAAACAACACGCAGUACAAUAGCACCAGUGGCAGCAACAGUAGCAGUUACAGCAAAACCGGAACCAUAGCAAUGCAUAAUUAUUAUGUGAAAAACGGACAUCAUUGCUGCACCUAAUAACCCAAUGAUGACCACAAUUCAUCACGGCUUAUGGCUCUGGCUUUAAACUUUGACCAAGUCUUUGUUUGCAAUGACUGCAUGGUUUAAGUCGACGUUGCUAAUUUUGUACCGUAUUGUGUUUGGUUUCCCAUACCACCCAACACAUUCGUAGCCGCCAUACCCUCACCAUCCAACUGUUUUCACUCCAUAUCGCAUUGAAGUCGGUCGGUCGUUUGUGCGGGUUGUCCGGUGGUCCGUCGCAUUGUGCCAACUGGGUCGUUAAGGUGUACGUUGCUUACAGCUACGAAUUUCGAAUGAGCUUUUGUUUGUGUGCUCUAUUCUUCAGCACAGAAAUCCAUAGUUUCACGUAGAGAGACUUUGAAAUGCGGUCUAUGCCCAAUUUCAUUUGGUUGCUUCGGCAACAAUACGAACAUAAUUUGCAAGCGUGUUUUUUAAUUGUAAUUGCUCAGACUGAUUUGUUCAUAAAUACACAUAUGUAUGCAUACACGUACACAUGUAUUAAUGAAGGAAAAAACAAGAAUACAAGUGAAAAUCGUUAAUAAACGAUUAAAUAUGGCGAAAGUUUUUAAAACUUCAUUUCUUGCAUUUGUGGAAAUACCAAAAUUACUUGUAAAAAACAAAAGACAAGCAACUAUUUCUAAGUAUUUAUUUAUGUAUUGUAAAGAAAUAAACAAAAUUUUCAUAUAUAUACAUACAUACAUACAUAUAUACGUUAAUAUAUAUUCAUGUAAAAGUGAAAGCAUUCGCUUAUCCCCAAGACACUUGCAAACAAUUCGUAGGCAAAGCAAAAACACAAUUAAACUAUUAUAGGCAAUAUCUCUAAGAUACAAAGAUACUUACUACCGUGCGCAAGCAUUAUAUAUACAUACAUGCAAACAUCAUAAAAAAAAGAAUAUGUAACACCACAACCAACACAACUUUUCUCAAAUUGCUAACGUUUUUUACGCAUAUAUGUUGUAUAUGUUGAAACUGCAAAGUGUUUGAUCUCAUUUAUAAACUUACUUUCGUGAUUUACUAAAAUGAAAAGAAACGCUACAAAUCUCUGUAGA